AUGUCUGCAAUCACAAACGACGGAAGUUCCAUCAUUCAACAAGAAGUUUCAGUCUCAAGCUCCUCUCAAGGAACCUAUCGAUGCUUGAGUAGACACUUGGAUGAAUACAGUGUCGAACAAUUUGAUGCUUGUUAUAAAAUCAAGGAAUCCGUUGAUAUCAUCAUCAAGAAUGGAUUCAAGAAUGUAGCCUUGCAAUUUCCUGAUGAAUUACUCUCGGAUGCAUCACUUGUUUCCUUUCAAUUAAAGUAUUAUUAUUCAAAAUAUAAAUUAGCUUCCUCAUCAUCGGAAGAAAAUAGUACAGAGAAACAAUCAGAACCAUUGAUUGGAGAUAUUGAAGAUUUUUCAAAUCAUUCAUCAUUAUCAUUACUUUCCCAAUUAUCAAUUGAUUCUGAAUUUUCAAAGAAGGCAUAUGAUACUGAAUAUUUGAGAGUGUAUGUUCUCGGAGAUACCUCUUAUGGAAGUUGUUGUGUUGAUGAAGUUGGAGCUCAACACAUGCUCUGUGAUUUUAUUAUUCACUAUGGUAAUGCUUGUCUUCAACCAGUUAAGAGAACACCAGUCUAUCACGUUUUUGGAAUGAAUUAUAAGUUGGAUAUUAAUCAAUGUUUGGAGAAUUUGAAUAAGUUUGUUGAUGAAAAUAGUGAAGGAGAAGUUAUUGUGAUUUAUGAUUUGGUAAAUUAUGAGAGAAUUAAGAAGGAAUUAAUUCCUUUGGUUACAUCGGAUCGUGUCAUCUUUUCAAGAUUGUACGAUUCUAGAGUUUUACAGAAUGUUAGUGAAAGUACAGUGACUGAAAUUGGAGAAAAUGAAAACAAGAUUAGUAAUCAAAUUUUCCCAAAGCCAAGUGAAAAAGCUCGUUUCUUCUUCAUUGGAGAAUUGGGCUCAUUUAUUACACAAUUUAUGGUUGAGCACAAUACACAUACAUUCAAAGUAUAUUCUGCCUACAAGAACAAGAUUGAAAGUGAUGGAAGUGGAACAAUUUCUAGAACUUUGGGAAGAAGAUUUGCCAUGGUUCAAAAAGCUAAGGAAUCUCAAGUUUUUGGUAUUCUCGUUGCAACAGUUUCUGUUGAGAAUUAUUUAAAGAUGGUUGAAUAUGUCAAGAGACUCAUUAUCGAUAACAAUAGAAAGUUUUAUUUAUUCUUUGUUGGUAAACUUAACGUUCCAAAAUUGGCCAACUUUAUGGAAAUUGACAUGUUUGUGUUGAUUGGAUGUUCACAAAAUUCAUUAAUUGAAUCUAGAGAAUAUGUUAAACCAAUUAUUACUCCAUUCGAAUUGGAAUUAGCUCUUAAAUAUGGCAAGGAAUGGACAGGAUAUUAUCAACUCGAUUUUAACAGAAUUUUCGAAGACGACAAUUGUUGUAGUGAAGAACCAAUCAGUAAUGAAGAAACUGAAGAGGAUAGAUAUGAAGUUUCGCUCAUGAGUGGCUCUGUAUACCGAGUUGGAAAAUCAACAGCAUCAAGUAAGGAAGUUCUCUUGAGUAAGGAUGAUGGAAAAUCACUCAUCCUCCAACAACAGCAACAAAAUCAACUCAUGGAAACUCAAUACACACCUUCAAUGCUCUAUCUCAAGAGUAGAACCUAUAAAGGACUGGGUCAGGAUGCAGAAGAUGAAGACGAGUCUGCCAAUUCUCAAACUUUUGCAACCAUUGAAAAAGGAAAGACUGGUAUUGCAUCCAAUUAUGUUGAUGAACCAAAACUCAAAUAA